AUGAGAACGAAUCUCUUUGCUCUGAGCUAUGCUCUGCUGGCAAUCCUCAUUGCCAAUCUGCCUGCUGGAGAGGCUGUAUCCUGUGCAGAUGAUCCGACCCUUGUUGGUUGUACUGACUGCACACUGAGUGUAAAUGCUGCCAAUGUUGAUUGCGUAGCUGCAGCUGAUCCAUCAUCCGAUCCCUCAUCCGAUCCCUCAUCCGAUCCAUCAUCCGAUCCUGCUGCCGCAGAUGAUGAAGAUGCUGUAACUUCAACUUCAACUGCCGCUUCCGCCGAUGAUAGUGACGAUGCUACAACUGAGACAACAACUGCGAAGGACUGCGACUGUCGUCACCAUAGACACAGAGGUGGCAGACGUGGACGUGGACGCCGUGAGGGUCGUCGAGGCCGUGGAGGACGCCGUGGGCGAAGAGGUCCUGGUGGUUGGGGUCGCGGUUGGGGCGGGUGGGGCGGACGGCGCGAUGACCGCUGGGGUGGUUGGUAA